AUGUCAGGUUCGGACAAUAUCAAGAAUGCCAUUCGGCAUCAUGUGUUUGCGCUGUCCACUCUUUUUGGGUAUGAUGCUUUUGCAACACAAUAUUACGUGUCUUCUAGUGUCGAUCCCACUACGGAUAACCGAAUGUUAGGAUUCGCAAACAAAUUAGAACAAAGUAUUGAAACGUUAAAUGCAGGUCAGAUCAACUUGCGAUCUGCUAUGGAGGUGUUGUGCGAUAAAAACCCUCAGGCCGAUGUCCUGGCGCAGAAGUUCGAGGAGUUAAAGUUGAGAAAUGCUCGAGAGCUUGGUCCCUUCAUCUAUUUGUAUUCUCGGGUAAAGGCUGACCAAACCCUCAUGUCCAAUCUGGAGCACGCUUACGCGACCAAGUUUGGAGAUCGAAGAACAACUGACCGAAAUUCAACGGAGGUAUCUCUUAGCUGUCAGGAUUUUAACCAAUUACAGCAACGUUUGGCUGAAUCCAAUCUCCUAUCAAACACCAUUGAACGCAGUUCUUUGCGCACUACGCUGCUUAAUUCUGUCGACGAUUACCCAAUAAUGCCCAAUACACCCUCAGCUUCACAAAGCCAGCGGACCACCAGUUCUUGUACUCUAUUACCAAUGCGUUCGAGCCGGACACACGUCACUAAUUCUAUAGCUCGAGGCCCUGUGACAGCUCGAUCCAACAGACUUGGUCCCACCCAACCGGAUUGGUUGCUUUAUCGAGCUACUUUGUAUAACGAUUUCUUGCCAGAUAGGGACACUGAAAUGGAUCCCAAAACACCCAUAAAUUCUUUGUCGGCAGACGCACAGGAAUAUGCGAUUGUCGGCGACUUGCUUCGAUUGCUGCAGGGGAACAGAGGCAUCUAUAUUCAGCCCACCCCGUUUGACGUUCGGUCUCGUAUCAGAACUUUUCACUUGGAUGAAAACAUGUCCCCAAUGCUAAUGGACACAGCAAACAAGAUUUUGCCAAUCUGCGCCGAUUACUCAGCUGUUGUUCGAUUCAUUGAUGAAAAAUCUGCAUAUGAACAGGGUCUGGUCAACCAUGCCUUGUCCGGAGCUAUGCGACGGCUGCUCAAGGACUACUUUAUCCUACUGUGCCAGCUGGAGAAUGAGUAUCGAGCUGGAAGACUUGGAUUAGCUCGGUUACAGUUUUGCCUUCAGGAUACAGCAACCAUGUUUUCCCAGCUUGCUCGCGUCGCCACGGACAUUGAAACCGGAGGAUGCACUGGCGGUGCGGUGUUGUCAUUACUUUACGACAGCGCCCGGAAGGUGUAUGGAGUGAAACAGCUGCAUGAUCUGGCCACCUAUCUCCUACGUUCAGCAUCUGUACCGUUCUUUGAAAUCCUUCAAAAAUGGAUCUAUCGAGGAGUGAUUUCGGAUACAUAUCAUGAAUUUUUUAUUGCUGCAGGCCCUAUGCCUGACUUCUUGCAAAAUGGCCGUACUCUCAACGAGGUUCCGAAUCAGCUGGAUCGGCUGGCAAACGAGGCUAUCGAUUGGACGUUCUUCUGGGAACAGCACUACACAAUUGUCUCUCACAACCUACCCGUCUUUCUGGGAUCCCAUCUGGCAAAAAUUCUGAACGCGGGGAAGUAUUUGAACGUCGUGCAACAGUGUGCGGAUGCUUAUGAAUUGCCCCCAUUACAAACGCUAGAAUAUGACGAAGCAGAUUCGGCCUAUUUGGAUCAAAUUGAACGGGCGCAUUUGUACGCAAGCAGCCUAUUACUAAAACUGAUGGUCAAAGAAAACCAGCUAAAGGAGCACUUGAGCUCGAUCAAAAGAUACUUCUUGUUGGACAAGGCGGACUUCAUCGUUCAUUUCAUGGAUGCUGCUGCCACCGAAUUGUGCCAACUCAGCACCGAAGUCUCACUGCUACGAUUGGGUUCACUUUUGGAAAUCGCGAUUCGUACCAGUUCCGCAACAGUUGAUCCCUUCAAAGAUAACCUCAAAGUCGUACUCUAUAAAUACGACCUGAUCUCUCAGAUUCUGAUGGUUCUACAGGCCGGAUCCGAUACCCACCAGGACUCAACUCCCAUAGAAGACCUCAACCUGACCGCCUUGGAAGCGUUUUCUGUGGACUACAGUGUCGCAUGGCCCGUCAGUUUGGUACUGAAUCGCCAAGUGAUGGACCGAUACCAAAUGCUGUUUCGCCACAUGUUCUAUUGUAAGCACGUGGAAAGACGCCUCUGCAGCGGUUGGGUUUUGGGAAAGCUGGCUCGAAGAGUGGACUGCAUGAAAUCUACCUGGCUUACCACGGCAUUUCUUUUGGGUCAGCGAAUGCUCACGUUCAUUCAACACUUUCAGUACUAUAUGGCGGUGGAAGUUAUCGAACCAACGUGGGAUCACUUUUACAACCAAAUAGAUAAGGUUUCCAAUCUGGAUGCUUUGCUGGACGCUCACUUGUACUGUUUAGAAGUCUGUAUGGACGACUGUUUAUUGACCAGUCCGGACUUGCUCAGCCUGUUUGGUAAACUGAACGUCGUUUGCGUCCUCUUCGCAAACUUUGUUCAACGCAUCCUCUCGGUAUCUGUUCUGGACUCAUGGAUCGCCGAUUCCGACCUAUCGGCAAGGACCCAACCCCAAAAACCGCUUCUUCAAGAUCCCACCCCUUGUCUCCCCACCAUAUCAACAGCUCACACGACUGGAGAGCGAAGCUGGUCUCCAGAUUCAACCAUAUCUGGUGAUACUGCCUUCACCAAAGUCACUCGAUACGAUUUUGUGGAUGUUGACAAAAAGGAAUCUUUUGCGCAAAGCAUCAUCGAUUUCGAUCACAAAUUCAACGGACUCCUGGUGGAAUUCGUGGAUAAACUGAAGCACUAUUCGAAAGAAAGAAACAAGCUGUCUAGUUUGGUAUCCAGGCUGGAUUUCAACGAAUUCUACUCCAGCUCAGCCAACGCCGACCUACUCACAACAUUCCCGGCAUUUCCAAGUGGUGGUGUCUCGACAACAGUUGGCUCCCAGGCGUCUCAGCAAGAAAACAUUGGAGCCACAUUCUUGGUAACGCGCCCAGCCGAAAUCACGAUCCCACAGUCAGCGAAGCAGGACCCCGAAGAUAUUAUUUGAUAACCCAUCCAUGAAUUUUGUUUGGCACAUGCACAGAACCUAACUUUUUCUACUUUUCACAGCAAUAAGUGACAACUCACUCCAACGUUCUUAAAUUUUUGUGAAUUCGGUGCGAGGUGACUUAAUGUCAUAGCACUUAUUCCGGGUCUG